ACUCACUUUGCUCCAACCCAGCCUAAUCCUACAUAUCGAGAAAUUGUUGUUUGUGCAAUAACUAUUCUAUCAGCCACUCUGCAUCAUGGCUCAGACUACACCAAAUCACACACAAACCGUGUCUGGUUGGGCAGCUCAUGAUACUUCUGGCAAGAUUACUCCAUUCACAUUCAAAAGAAGGGAGAACGGGGUUAACGAUGUGACCUUCAAGAUCUUGUACUGUGGGAUUUGCCACACUGACCUCCACUAUGCCAAAAAUGAAUGGGGUAUCACUAAUUACCCUGUUGUACCCGGGCACGAGAUGAUUGGGGUGAUAACCAAGGUGGGAAGUGCUGUGAAGGGGUUCAAGGAAGGAGACAGAGUAGGGGUGGGGUGUUUGGCAGCAACUUGUUUGGAUUGUGAGCACUGCAACGAUGACCAAGAGAAUUACUGUGAAAAGUUGCAGUUUAGUUACAAUGGAGUUUUCUGGGAUGGCAGCAUCACCUAUGGUGGUUACUCCUCCAUGAUGGUUGCAGAUUACAGGUAUGUGGUACACAUUCCGGAAAACCUGCCAAUGGACGCAGCAGCUCCUCUACUGUGCGCAGGAAUAACAGUGUUUAGUCCCUUGAAAGACCAUGACUUGGUAUCAUCACCAGGGAAAAAGAUUGGGGUGGUUGGUUUGGGAGGCCUUGGACACAUAGCCGUCAAAUUUGGAAAAGCAUUUGGCCACCAUGUUACUGUCAUCAGCACUUCUCCUUCCAAAGAAGCUGAAGCUAAGCAGCGUUUGGGUGCUGAUGAUUUCAUACUCAGCACCAACCAACAACACUUGCAGAGUGCAAGGAGAAGCCUUGAUUUCGUUUUGGACACUGUAUCAGCAGAGCAUUCUCUGUUGCCUCUAUUGGAAUUGCUCAAAGUGAACGGGACUUUGUUUAUUGUGGGUGCACCGGACAAGCCACUUCAGUUACCUGCUUUCCCAUUGAUAUUUGGGAAGAGAUCAGUGAAAGGUGGCAUCAUCGGAGGAAUUAAAGAGACGCAGGAAAUGUUGGAUGUUUGUGGGAAGCACAAUAUAACAUGUGACAUUGAGUUGAUCACACCAGAUAGAAUCAAUGAGGCUAUGGAGCGUCUUGCUAAGAAUGAUGUCCGCUACCGUUUUGUCAUUGACAUUGCCGGCAGCUCAAAUAAUUGAUAAGACUAGUUGUCCCACCCCUACCAAUGUUUACGGUUUUAGACUAGCUACUAGUUUUGUUGUUGAGAAUGUGAAUCUAAUCUUUGUUAGAGUUUAUAUGGUUUAGUGCAUGUUUGGGAUUCCGUUGGAAACGUGGUGUUUGAAUUAACGUGAUUUCAGGCAACGUGAUUUUAGUAUUAAUGUGUUUGAAUAAACAUGAUUUAUGUUUGGAUGAUUUGUAACAAACGUGAUUGUGAAAAAAUGAAUAUUGUUUGGAUGAAUGAAUCAAA